AUGGAAAGGCUUUCAGAACAAGUUGGCGCCUCCACCAUGGCUGCUCAUGGUGCUGCUCGUGAUGGCAGCGGCGGUAGCCGCAAUUGCGGGGAGGACAGAUUAAGUGAGGGUUCAACUUCAAGUUCUACCGUUGUCGCUCAUGGUGCUUCAGGAGAAGGAGAAUUGUCGAUCCAAGGGGGCGCUACUGGAGGGAAACAAGGCGGUGGAGCCAGUUUGGAAGCAGAUGCUGCUGUUGGAGUGGGGUUUCAAAGGAGUGGCUCUCCUGCUGGUGGUGGGAGUCGGACUGAUGCAGUGCACACGGGCGGUGGGGAUAAGGGUAGGAGUGACUGCAGAGAACAGGGAGCAGUUGUAGGAGAAGAGAUAGAGCCACGCAGCAACGAAAGCAGCAAGAGCAGUGGAGGGGUGGAGGUGGAGAGAAGGAGUGAUAAGAGCCGGAGCUCAACAUUGGUGAAUCUGGCUGCUGCCACUGAGACUGGCAUUCUGGUCGUGCUCCUGACCAACCCCAUCUGGCUCGCCAAGACGCGCCUGCAGCUGCAGGGAGCUGUGGAUCCCAAGGGACCACCACACCAUGCUGCACCCCCCAGUGCUGCCAGUUCGACCAGUGCUGCUAGCACACAGCAAGCCUUACCACCGGGUGCAGCAGCAUCAAGGCCGACAGCAGCAGCCAUACCCCAUCACCCCCGGCAGUACCGAGGCUUUCAUGACGCCAUCUGGUCCAUUGUGAAGGAGGAGGGCGUUAGAGGGCUGUACAGAGGCAUCGGCCCAAGCCUGGUCUUGGUGUCGCACGGUGCCAUUCAGAUGGCAGCGUAUGAAGAGCUGAAGCAGCUCAUGCUGGCUCUCAGAUCGCCCACAGCGUGGACAGCACACUUACCCUCUCAUCCCCACACCUCCUCUUCCCCCUCGCCUGCAAUUCCUGCUGUAACAGAGCUGUCCCCAUGGGACAUUGCAGCAGUGGGAGCAACUGCCAAGCUCUGUGCUGCCUCUGCCACCUACCCUUACCAGGUGGUUCGAGCUCGCCUGCAGAUGCGUCCAGACGAGGCCGGCCAGCUCAAGUACCGCAACACACGGCAUGCCGUCACCAGCAUGUGGAG